AUGAAGUUCUCUCUGAUUGCAGCCCUUGUUGUUGUCCUGGCUAUUGCUCAUGGCACUGAGUCCAUGUCUGUGGUGAAGCGUGAGGCUCCCGCAGAACUUGAGAAGAUCACCCAAUACUUUGAGGGUCUGCUUGAGACUCUGAAGAGUGCAGAUGCCCCUGAGCUGGCUAACAAGGCCAAGGCUUACUUUGAGGAGAGCAAAGCUAAGCUGCAGCCAAUGGUUGAAAAGCUCCAGGAGCAGCUGAAACCACUCUCUGGAAACCUUGAGGAGCAGAUCAAACCCAUUGCUGACUCCGUCCAGGCCCAGCUCGCUCCCUACGCCAGCCUGGUCCAGAGUCAGGUCGAGGAUGUCCUAAAAUUUGUGGUGGACCAGACCAAGGCUAUCCUGCCUGCUCCUUCCCAGUAA